AUGGAGGCUUCAUCUUCUUCAGCACCGGUACCUGUUGUGCCCUUUUUGCUACCUAAGCUGUGUAAAGAUGCAGCCAAUAAACCUACUUUGGUGUUGGACAUGGAUCAUACUCUUCUGGAAUUGCAGCGUGUGGGAGGUCCACUGAUUUAUUCUUACAAACUCGUAAAAAGGCCCGGUGUUGAAAUGUUCCUGGCCGAAAUGGAACGAUUGUUCGAAAUUGUGGUGUUUACUGCGAGUAAUAAAGCUCGUGCAGAUCCGCUUUUGGAUAGUCUGAAGAUGAGCGCCUGCAUUUCUCAUCGACUUUACAGGGAACAUUGUACUCCAAUGGAAGGAGGCGCUUUUGUGAAGGACCUUUCUUUGUUCGGACGCGAUCUCAGUAGAGUGAUCAUAAUUGAUAAUAAGGUGGAGUCUUUCUUUUUUCAUCCAAGCAAUGCCAUUCUUAUUCGAAGAUUUACUGGUAAUCAUCAAGACCGCGAGCUGGAAAAUCUAAUCCCCUUUUUAAGACACCUUGCUGUUCAGAAAGAUGUGAGACCUAAUUUAAUAUGUCUGAAAUUAUGUAAUGCUCCUCCUGCAGAAAAUCGAGUUGCCGUGCGGUAUCCUAUUACAGCUCAGAAUGGAGGGAGCCUCUAUAGCAAGGGUCAAAAAAACAGCUUUUGCCCUGCCUCGGAGGUUCAGAAAAGAGCCCCAACUUUGACUGGAAAAAAGUAUAGUCAAACAGUAGAUUCAGAAAAACAUUUCAACACCAUGAGGUUUGGCUCAGAAUCAACUUUCCGACGCCUAUACAUUUUCCAAAAAAUGACUCCGGAUGCCCAAGAUAUGACCAACAAACGAAGCCCCCCUCAAAAGGGCUAG